GCGCCAGGGGGUUCCGGGGGCAGGUUUGGGGACGGACCGGAAGUGCUGGAGCGGGGCGGCAGGAUGGUCACUUUGGGUUCCAGGUGUCGGGCUUGCGGAGACUGAGCGCCCCGGAGCGCCCGAGGUCGCCGCCACACGCCCGCCAUGUUCCUGGUGCGCCUGACCUCUCAGCUGGCCAGGGCCGUCCCGUGGGCAGGCCGCGGCCGGUCCUGGCCCGUCCCGGCGGUGCUGGGCAGCCAUGCGUGCAGGCCCCGGUACGGCACGCAGCCCGCAGGCCCGAGGAGCGCCGCCUCCGCCCCUGGCCGGGGCGCCCGGCUGGAGCUGGAGGAGAUGCUGGUCCCCCGGAGGCUGGCCAUCAGCCCGCUGGAGAGCUGGCUCGCUGCCCGCUGCCUCCUGCCUAGCCCGGACGCCGGCGCCCCGGGGACGGAGGCGCCGGCGCUGGGGGACGCGGGGGCGCGCGGCGCGCCCCCGGUGCGCUGCAAGAACGUGCUCAAGAUCCGGCGGCGCAAGAUGAACCGCCACAAACACCGCAAGCUGGUGCGGCGCACGCGCUUCCUGCGGCGCAGCGUGCGCGAGGGUCGCCUGAAGCGGAAGCAGGUGAGGUUCGAGCGAGACCUGCGGCGCAUCUGGCUGAAGGCGGGGCUGAAGGAAGCCCCCGAGGGCUGGCAGACCCCCAGGAUCUACGGGAAGAGCAAGUGACGCCCCCCGCCGCCCUGCCCACGGUGCCGCCUUUGCAAUAAAGCCCUGAGGGCCCCGCCCGGCCUGGCGCCCGCUCUGA